AUGGCCACCUUGGAGGAUUACUUCUCGUUUCAAGUGUUUCUCAUCGUGUUGAGAGAAACUCUCGAACUGGCCAUCAUUGUGUCAGUAUUGUUGGCAUUUCUACACCAGAGGCUGUCAGUUGACCCACCAGAAGCCGUUCCCGAUGAAUCACUCUCCAUCUACAAAUACUUGAGACUACAGGUUUGGAUAGGAGGAUUUUUGGGUUUGGUAUGCUGCCUAAUAUUGGGAUCUGUCAUUUUGAGCAUAUUCUACGUCAUUGGAAAUGACCUCUGGGCUGUGACCGAACACUACUGGGAAGGCACCUUUUCGAUUGUUGCCAGCAUCAUCAUUUCGGUGAUGGGAAUCAAGAUCUUGCGAGUCAAUAAGAUGCAGGAGAAAUGGAAGGCCAAGUUGACCACCAUCAUCAAGAAGUCGAAUUACCUCAAUAGGGUGGUAGCAGGCCAGAAAGGGUCUUUUGGCGAGUCUGUCGAUACGUUUAGCGAAAAAUAUUCCAUGUUCAUUCUCCCGUUCAUAACCACGUUGAGAGAAGGAAUGGAAGCCAUUGUGUUUAUUGGGGGCAUUGGAAUCAACGAAAACACCUCUGUGGCGUCCAUUGUGAUUUCCACAUUCACAGCCAUAAUUAUAGGUAGCAUCAUUGGGAUCUUGUUGUAUCGUACCGGGAACUCAUUGUCUUUACAGUGGUUCUUGAUGUGUUCCACUGGCCUUCUCUAUCUAAUUGCGGCAGGACUUUUCAGCAAGGGCGUGUGGAAUUUUGAAUUGCAGAAAUUCAUCGACCGUUGUGAUGGGUUUGACGUGAGUGAGACGGGCCAUGGUCCUGGGUCCUACGACAUCACCAAGAGCGUAUGGCAUGUGAACUGCUGUAACGGGGAACUUCAGGACGAUGGGGCCUUUUGGAUGAUAGCCACGGCCGUGUUGGGCUGGACCAACAGUGCUACGUACGGAAGUAUUUUCAGCUACUUGGGUUACUGGGUGGCCAUCAGCUGUGUGUUCACGUCGUUAGUGUUUGAAGAACGGCACGGUUACUUGCCGGUAAUCCCCGUAAAAUUACAGAAAAGGAGAAUUAAAAAGAAGCUUUUGGCCAAUCAGAUGAUAUACAAUAGUGUUGCCAGGGACAGUCUCGACUCCACCUCCGGCUUAAUGGCGUAG